AUAUAAAGAGGCCGAAGCUAACACUAAUACUACACAAAUGCAAACCCCAAAAAAACCCUUAAACUUGCUUUGAUAAUCAUCCGUUUUGGUGUCUAAAAGCUUUGGUAAGCCAUCAAUGGCACCUUCUCAAAUUUUCAUAGCAAUUUUCCUAGCUUCCUUUUUUCUUGUUCCGGCUGUUUUGGGCUAUGGGACGAAUGCUGUGAGGUCAUGGUGCAGCAAGACUCCCAACCCACAGCCAUGCGAGUAUUUUUUGAGCAAUGAUCCAAAAAACACCCCAAUCAAAGAUGAGCCUGAUUUUCUCAAAAUCUCCAUGCAACUCGCUCUAGAGCGUGCCGAACGUGCGCAAAGUCACACUUACUUGUUGGGCCCAAAAUGCCGAAACAAGAGAGAAAAGGCUGCAUGGGCCGACUGCCUUAAUCUCUAUGAGCUAACCAUCCUCCGCCUCAACAAAACUGUUGAUUCGAGCACCAAGCUCAACAAGGAUGAUGCUCAAACAUGGCUCAGCACGGCUUUAACCAACCUCGAAACAUGCCGGACGGGGUUCAUCGAACUCGGGGUCCCGGAUUAUAUUCUACCCAUGAUGUCAAAUAACGUGUCCAAUUUAAUCAGUAACACUCUGGCUCUCAACAAGGCACCUUACAAGGAACCUAGCUACAAAGAUGGGUUCCCAACAUGGGUGAAGCCCGGUGACCGGAAGCUAUUGCAGUCUUCAUCGCCGGCUUCUAGGGCGAACAUCGUGGUAGCACAAGAUGGUUCAGGGAAUUAUAAGACAAUAAAAGACGCGAUAUCCGCUGCUUCAAAGCGGUCGGGAAGUGGAAGGUACGUGAUAUACGUGAAGGCAGGUACGUACAAGGAAAAUGUUGAGAUACGCAGCAAGCUGAAAAAUAUCAUGCUGGUGGGCGAUGGUAUAGGGAAGACCAUUAUCACCGGGAGCAAAAGCGUUGGACAAGGGUCGACGACUUUCAAUUCAGCUACUGUUGCUGCUGUUGGAGAUGGGUUCAUUGCUCGUGACAUUACAAUCAGAAACACCGCAGGUCCACAGAAUCAUCAGGCGGUUUCUCUUCGUUCGGGCUCUGAUCUCUCGGUGUUCUAUAGAUGCAGCUUUGAAGGCUACCAAGACACUCUCUACGUCCAUUCCGAGAGGCAAUUUUACAGAGAAUGUGACAUCUACGGAACCGUUGAUGUCAUAUUCGGCAAUGCUGCGGUUGUCUUGCAAAACUGUAACAUAUAUGCUCGCAGACCCCCUAACAAGACCAACACCGUCACUGCCCAGAGCAGGACUGACCCUAACCAAAACACCGGAAUUAUAAUCCACAACUCUAGAGUUACAGCCGCUUCCGACUUGAAGCCGGUACAAAGCUCGGUUAAAACAUACCUAGGGAGGCCAUGGAAACAAUAUUCGAGGACGGUUUUCAUGAAAACGUUCCUUGAUAGCUUGAUUAACCCGGCUGGUUGGAUGGAGUGGGAUGGUAAUUUUGCACUCAAUACAUUGUAUUACGCAGAGUAUAUGAACACUGGCACUGGUUCAUCCACAUCUAACAGAGUCAAGUGGCGCGGCUACCAUGUUCUCACUAGCGCAAGCGAGGCAUCGAAGUUCACCGUCAGCAAUUUCCUUGCCGGAAAUUCUUGGCUGCCUGCCACUGGUGUGCCUUUCACCUCUGGCCUUUAAUUUCUUGCAUUUGUAUAUGUAUGAUUUCGAAUUAAUUCAAGUAAUUUAAUAUCUCCCUGUGGUACCACCAAUGCUUCUAUGUACACACAAAGUUGUUUGUGUAAUUUUAGUAAGAGUAAUAAAGAUGAAUAUCAUUCUUUUC